CGGGGCGUUAGCGUGUGCGCAGGCGUCAUUCGAUAUUGGACUUAGAGACCUGGACUUCUGAGUACCGGCUUCGCUGAGGCCGAGGGUAAUUUCUGAUCAUCGUAGCCCAACAAGCUGGAUUGGAAACAUGAUGUGCAGAGAGCAGUAAGAAGGUGGAGAAUUUGAUCCAAAGUCUUUUACUAUAUAAAGCCUCCAGUUCUCAGGACUCUGUAAGAGUCUUGUAAGAGAAAAAGGACAGAAAAGGGAAUAAUGCCAGCAUUCCUGGCUGUCAGGUACCAGGAAGCAGUGACAUUCAAGGAUGUGGCUGUGAACUUUAGCCAGGAGGAGUGGGGACAGCUGAACCCUGCUCAGAGGGACCUGUACAGGGAUGUGAUGCUGGAGAACUAUGGGAACCUGGUCUCACUGGGACUUCCCAUAUCUAAACCUGAUGUGAUUUUCCAGUUGGAACAAGGCAGAGAGCCAUGGUUUCUUGAUCUGCCAAGAGCUAUAGAGAGAGAUUUGCCAAAAAAUUCUUUGCUGGACUGGAAGAAUUGUUGUGAGACCCAGGAGUCAUCUCCAAAGCAGAAAAUUUCAGAAGUAGAAUCAUUAGGAAUAUUAAUGGUUCCAGUAGACUUUGAAUGUAGAGUUCAUAUACCUGCUAGCCCAUUGGAUAGAAAGAAGGAAAACUCUGAAGGGGAGACAUUCCUUUCCCAUGAGAAAGAUUCUAGGAAACUGUUAAUUAUUCCCUCUAAAUUCACCCCUAAGGAGCAAACGCAACAAUACAGCCAAUGUGGAGAAACUAUUGGCUGUUCAUCAAUUACUCAGCAUCAGAGAAGUCAUGCUGGAGAGAGUUCUUAUGCAUGUAAUAAAUGUGGGAAAAUCUUUAGCUGGAAAUGUAAUCUUACACGACAUCUGCUAACACAUACUGGGAAAAAACCUUAUAAAUGUAAAGAAUGUGGAAAAUCCUUCUUGAACCAUUCUUACCUUACUUCUCAUAAGCGAAUUCAUACUGGAGAGAAGCCCUAUGAAUGUGGUGAAUGUGGGAAAGCUUUCUCUAAACAUUCAUCCCUUACUGAACAUGAACGAAUUCAUACUGGAGAAAAGCCUUAUCAAUGCAAUGAAUGUGGAAAAGCUUUUAGACAUAGAAGUGCUAUUAUGAGACAUCAUAUGACUCAUACAGGAGACAGUCCCUAUAAAUGUAGCGAAUGUGGGAAACCAUUCUUAAACCCUUCAUCCCUUAUGGUUCACGAAAGAAUUCAUACAGGAGAGAAGCCCUAUGAAUGUGAUGAAUGUGGAAAAACCUUUGCUAGGCAUUCAUCCCUUUCUCUACAUCAGAGGAUUCAUACUCAAGAGAAGUCCUAUGGAUGUGAUGAAUGUGGAAAAAGCUUCUUUGACUUUUCAUCACUUACUCGACAUCAAAAAACCCAUUCUGGAGAGAAACCAUAUUUAUGCAGUGUGUGUGGAAAAACUUUUUGUAGCAAGGCAUCUAUCAUCCAACAUCAGCGACGUUAUGCCAGAGAGUAAUCCUGAGAAUAUGAUGUCUUGAACAAAAAUUCAGUUAGAUUUAUCACUUUGUUAAAUGCCAAAGGGUCGUUAGUACAAAAUUGGUGCUACCUAAAACAAAUCUUUUCAUAUGUACUUCCCCUAAGCCAGUAUGAUUUCCCCUAAGCAAUGAUGGUUUUAAAAGGAAAAAGUCAAUUUUGGAAAGACUGUCGGGGGAAAAAAAGGCAUGCUGUAAUACUAUCGAUACAACCAUGAAUUAUUUCCUCUUUUUGAUAGCAUUAGAUAAUAUCUACACAAUUUUAUAUCUUUUGAAUAAGUCAUUCAGUACUAGAACUAUAUCCUAAGAAUAUUAGAAUUGAUGCCUCCAUCAUAGGGGUGGAGAGGAAGAAAAGAAGAGCCUAUCUUUACAAAACUAUUCGUAGUACAUUUAGUGUAUUACAGUAUUGGACUAUUAUUGUAGGAUCAGAAGUGACUAAGCUCUGUGUAUGUGUGUGUGUGUGUGUGUGUGUAUGUAACAAUAAAAUCCAUAAAACAUUUUAAGGAUGGAGAGGAAUGGAAGUAAGAUUAUUUUGAUAUCAAUAGACAUAUUUUAUAUAUUUUUAAA